UGGCGGGACAGCGCUGCGUACCUGGGCUGUCUACUUGUCGCCCUGUAGCCAAUCUCCCGCUCCCGCUCCCUCUACCCAUCCGUCUCGAUUCCAGCAAAUACGUCGACACUAAAUCUAAUCCAGUUUUCAAGGCACAAGGGUUCAGUUACACUAGGAUACGGGACACGAUUGGUACGCAACAGCAUCAGCCAUUGGCGUUUACAGUACAGUACAUUUCGUCGUUCGAUUGUCUUUCCGUAACCUUGCUUGUUGCAGCACCAGCACCUGGUUCCGGCGCACACCUUGUUAUCUACUAGAGCUCUUGUAACUGCCAUCGUUUAUUGGUAUUUUGCGACUGGUCGAAGGGGAAACAUGGAACCCUUCAUCCCGAUCGUCAAACGACGAGCUUCAAUUGCUUGUCGCCGAUGCCGGCGGAUGAGGAGCAAAUGUGUCCACGAUCGUGGCCAGCCUCCCUGUAAGGCUUGUUUAGACACCGGGAUUAAGGAAGGCGGAUGCGUGUUCACGCCGCGAGGCCAACCGGAUUAUGAUCGCUGCCACCGGCGUCCACGCGUUGCUCGCAGAAGGACGGCCAAGACGACUCGACAGGAUCCAGGAGGAGUACGACGUGAGAGUGCUGAUGCUCCUACGAGAGCCCCAGGUACAUUGAGUGAUGGAUGGGAAAACCUGCCUCCACUACCAGAAAUCAUCGAUGGCAUAAACCAGUUCACACGACAUUACUUUCAACUUGGUUUUAUUCCCAAAGAGCAAUUUCCCCAGCGUCUGCUCAAAGAUCACACGGCAGUCAGCGUCUUUCUCGUUGUCAGUAUUCUUAGCAUCUCAGCUCGCCUCAGCCGUCCUCUAUCGAGGCGGUAUGGAUCCGGCAUAAAGGCAUCCGAGUUUUUCAUGGAGCGGGCCACAGACAUUGCACUCGGCGAGAUAUUCCCGGCCAAAAAUACAUUGGAGAACUGCCAGGCCUUUUAUCUUCUUAGCAUCGCACAACAAGGGAAUGGACUUAAAGAUGAGAGCCAUACGAGCAUGGGCCUUGCUCUUCGAAUCGCAUCAGCGAUCAAGCUGCAUUUGGAACAUACUUAUGCUUAUGAGAAUUCGAACCCUACACCUGAUGCCAUAAUUCUUCGCGAAUCCGCACGCAGGACUCUGUGGAUGUUGCAUAGUCAGGAUCAGCUACACUCAUGCUCUUCCUCGCCCAUCUCUCUCGCGGCUUCGGAUAUCGACGCCCUACUCCCCUGUGAUGAAGAUGGCUUUGCCAAUGGGCGAGAGCCUCCUUUGCGAGCCGCUCUUGGCGGGACUCCACGUGCUAUCAAGGACCCAAGCCUGGUCAAUGAUCCAAACCGGUCUCUUUUCGGGACUCUCAUUCAAGCACACGGAUUCUGGGGCGUAAGCACACGGGACGCAGUCAACUAUACUCCCAAUUCUUAUCCAUGGGACCCGGAGAGCAAGUUUGUCAGAGUCUCCAAAAAGCUUGAUCAGUGGGAAAGGAGCUUGCCUCCAAGCCAUCAAUGGAGUAGUGAUAGACUGUCCGAGUACAGGGCCAAAGCACAGGAUCUAGCAUAUCUCGGAGUCACAAUGAUUCCACGCCUUUGCAACAUCGUUCUUCGUCGCCCAUACUUGGAGUACCUGGAUAUCCUGAUGGAAUGCAAAGAGGUCUGGCCUCUUGCUUCUCGUUGGGUCGACGCCUUAAAGCGCUUUGCUCAAGAUCCCAACAGCUCAUUUAGAAGCGAAAAUGGGAUGGCGGAUGGCAAAGACCCAAUCCAUAAUCCAAUAACUCACCUUCCUGCGACCACGCCGAUAUCAUCUGGCGCGUCGCCUGCUUCGUCCUUGUACACCCGACAAAGUAAUUCUCUUGCUCCAGGCUCCAUUGCUCUGCAGCUUUCAUCCCCAAACGAUAUCUCCGUCUCCCUAUCUACGACUCAUAUUAUUCCCUCUCAUUUUUCCCCACCUCAAAUCCAACAACAGCCACAGAUACAUCAGCUGCAGAUUCAUUCCCAUCCUCACCAACCGCCACUAUCGGUAAUACCACAGCAGCAGGCCUUCGUCCCACCUCAGCCUCAGCCUCAGCUCUACAUGAGUACUGAUAAUAUUGCCAACUUUGACAUGGUCCUGGGAGCCUUUAGCCCCAAUGCUGUCCAGGCUUAUCCAAUAGCAUCGCAGGGCAACCCUCCGUUAGCAACCAGCAUCCCAACGGCUAUGGACAUCACCGGUGGGCCACUAAACCCUCCUCCAGAUGGCUUUUUAGACGAGCUGAAUUAUUAUUCAUACGGGUCCCAGGACUGGAUACCGACAAGCAAUGUGUUCGACGGCUAUAAGUAA